AUGCAGAGGUUGGAGGAUGCUAUGUGGUGUCACUGUUUCUCGGCUACCUUGAAGGGCAUAGCCCAACAAUGGUUUGGCAACCUGCCAACCGGGUACAUUGACAGCUUUAGAAAGCUUGCCUUCCUGUUUGCCUCCAACUUCUCAAUGAACAUCCCUACCAAGAAAACAAGUCUCAACUUGAGCACUAUAAGGAAGGGAGAGAGAGAAGGACUUUGCUCCUACGUCAGGCGGAUCAAUUUGGUGAGAAUCCAGAUUAAGGGGCUAUCUGACAAGGUAGUCUAUACAGACUUCUUCAAGGGUCAGAAGGAUGGUUCGACCUUUAAGUUUGACCUUGUCCAAAAGAGGGUUUUCACCCUUUAA